UCUGACCCCACGUCAUCAUUAGCGGGGAAGCUAACGCAUAUUUAUCCUUGGUCACCUCCGUCAGUGUAAACAUGUAGCCCAGCGUUUUGUCGUUCUAACCGUUUUGUUUAUCAGCAGAGUUUCAGUGCCCGAAUAACGAUGGCUAUAUUGCAGGAAAUAUUCUUUUUAGAAACAGAUCGGCGUGGCAUUAGCUCGGUAACUAGCUAACACAAUAGCUAACUAACUGUUUGGUUGUUUGUAUGAGGCUGUCUUUGCUAAUUAGACAGCUAGCUAGCUUCCAGUGGGGAGCAGCCAAAGGCUAAAUCGGGGUUAUCAAGAUAAAAAUGGAUGGAUAGUAAUAAGAUCUAACAAGGACUCAUCAAGAAGUAGAAAAAAAUGGAGAAACCUCGACGUGAUGGUGCAUCGUCACCGAUGAAUGGAAGGCAAGAUUGGGAUACCAAGAGAAAGAGGAAAAUCGCGGACAUCUCACAGGCCCUCAAUGCGAAUCCUGUGGAUGUAGCAACUCUUAGGAGGAUGGCUAUUAGUGAAGGAGGUCUGCUGACCGAUGAGAUACGUUGUCAGGUCUGGCCCAGGCUCCUCAACGUGCCCCCUCACAUCUUGGACCAAGAGCCCGAAACAGUGGAACGGGAAAACAAUAAAGACUACAACCAGGUCUUGCUGGAUGUACAGCGUUCACUGCGAAGGUUUCCCCCUGGUAUGCCAGACGAGCAGAGAGAGGGUCUUCAGGAGGAGCUCAUUGACAUCAUCCUCACAGUUCUGAAACGUAAUCCCCAGCUGCAUUAUUAUCAAGGAUACCAUGACAUUGUUGUCACCUUCUUGUUGGUCUUGGGGCAGCGCCUGGCAACUGCUCUUGUGGAGAAGCUCUCCACACAUCACCUCAGGGACUUCAUGGAUCCUACAAUGGACAACACAAAACACAUUCUUAAUUAUCUGAUGCCCAUCAUUGAUAGGGUCAAUCCAGAGGUGCAUGACUUCAUGCAGCAGGCAGAAGUGGGCACAGUCUUUGCUCUCAGCUGGCUAAUCACAUGGUUUGGCCACGUGUUGUCAGACUUCCGCCAUGUUGUGCGGUUGUAUGACUUCUUUUUGGCCUGCCAUCCAUUGAUGCCCAUCUACUUUGCUGCUGUGAUAGUGCUGUACAGAGAGGAAGAGGUGUUGGAGUGUGAAUGUGAUAUGGCCAUGGUUCACCACCUCCUGUCUCAGAUUCCUCAGGAUCUUCCGUAUGAGACACUCAUCAGCCGAGCAGGAGACCUCUUUGUCCAGUUUCCUCCCUCUGAACUGGCUAGAGAGGCUGCUGCACAUGAAAGCAUGGCGACCUCUACCUUUAAAGACUUUGAACUUGCAUCGACUCAACAACUACCAGACUCAGUUCUUCGUCGCAGGCGAAGACAAAAACAGGCUGCACUGGAGAGCUCCGCAGUGAAUCCAGUGACGGCGGUUGCUCAACCUUCAACAGCGCGGCGCUUUGUCCGACUGGCAGUGAUGGGUCUGACAGUGGCUUUAGGGGCAGCAGCUCUUGCUGUGGUCAAUACUGCUCUGGAGUGGGCCCCUAAGCUGGACUUGUUUCCUUGAAUGGCCUUUUAAAAUGAACACUCCAACUUUGACUAAACCAAGCUGGUGGGUCAAUUUCCAAGAACCCCUAAACCAGUAAAACUACAGUUUGUGGAGUCUGUAACACCGUCUGGAAAGUAUUCAUAAAACUGAGCAUCUUAAUGCUCCUCUGUUGUCAACAAAGAUGUGUCCAAACAUCCUGCUCUGCACAGAGCUCACAAGGCCUCAGCCUUUUUUAUGAUUCCUGAAGAGAGUGCAUCAGUGUUCCAGCAGCUGGUGCUCUGAAAUGAAGGAUCCUUCUUAUAGUAGAAUGAAGAGACAAGUUAUAAGAACUACUAUUGAUGGUGUAAUCGUUAAAGUUUAUUUAUAUUUCAUAUUAAGAUAUAUGAUAUGUGUUAUGCUCACAGAGAUUUAUGCUGAAAGUCUGGUGGAGUCACUACACUUGAAUUUGCUGCCAACUUAGAGAGCUGGAAAGAAUGUAUGUAUGUAUGUGUGUGUGUGUGAGAGAGAGAGAGAGAUUGCAGCCCAUUUGUUAUCUAUUUUGUACCUGGACUAAGACCAAAUGGUGGAUUCUUUGAAUCCUCUCUUUGUAAAAAUGUACUAGUUACUUUUGAGGUAACUGCACACAAAUGACACACAGGCACUUUUAAGGUGAUCUUUUUUUUUUUUUUUUUUUUAGGUUUUUGUUCCUUCAAGUUGUUUGAAUUAGUCUUUUAAAGAAGGAAAAAGGAUCUUUGACUUUGGAUUCAUGUCUUUAAAACAUGCUGUUGCCAUUGAUUACACACUAGUUUAUGGCUCAUGGAGCUUAACAAUGAUUAGGAAAUGGUGCUAUUGGUGUUACCAAUGUAAACGUAUAGUAGCCCAUGCCCACUUAAGAUUAUUUUUAAUUUCUCAAAGGUUAACCCACAAUGUUAGAAGACACCUUUUACAAUCCAGGAAGUAAACAGCCAAUCAAAAUGGUUUAAUGGGAGCUUCCUAAUCACCUAAUGUUUGGUUGCACAACCUUGGAAAUGACUGUGUGUCAAGCCCCCAGAUGACUAUUUAGUUUUGUUUUUUCUGGAGUACAAAAUGGAUGUUGUUAGGGUUAAGAAACAUAUUCAUUCACCCAAUGCCUGGUAACAAAUAACUAAGCGAGGGACCCAGUUUGCACUGCUUUAGUUUUUCAAAAUCACCUUUAAAAUGAGGUUGCUAGGUGCUUUGCUCACUCCCGUUAGAAGGAAAAGCACCUGAGCCUUGUGGUGACUGCUGUUUAAUAUUUUAGUUUUAUGUGUAACUUAAGCUUGAUUUCAACAUGUCACUUGGUAAAUAUAACUGAGUAUAAAAUGAGCAGCAUUUGCAUUCCUACUGCAGUUAAAGCUAAAACAAUAAGAAAAAAAGCAAAGUUUAAGUGAUUUGGCACUUACCUGGUAAAGAACCUGGUCAUAACAAUAAACACAGAGCAGAUAUUUAAUGAGAAGAUGAAUUUGGUUUGUCUUGGAUCUUUGUGACCUAACCUGCUUAACUUAAAUCUUCACAAUCAUGAUCCUACAUUUGAUGACCCCAGUAGACAGCCAAGAACUUCUCACUUCAGUCUUCAUUGUGAUGAGAUGCUGUUUUCAGUCAUCUGAACACUUGAAAUCCUGUUCCUGUAAUGCAGUUGAAUGGUUUGCUGGCAUUGUACGGGAACCACAGCUUCAACUGGGAAAUACUGGCACCAAGGACACGCUUAGGUUUCUGAAAUCAUAGUUCACCAGUAUUGUAAUGCUUCUGCACUUAGUGUGGUAUUCAUUAAUCUCAUUGCACUAAAUGAUUUAUUUGCCUUUUAUGUUUAUUUUGUUAUAAUUAAACUGUUAUACUAAUGUUAAGUUGUAUAAUAGAGCGCUAAUAAACGAGUGAAACUGG